GGUGCGAAGCGGUGGGUGCGCGCGCGCGGCGGCCGUUGGCGGGAGGCGGCAGCAUGGCGGUGGAGCCGCCGCGGGAGGCGGUGUGGCCGGAAGGCGUGGGGGCCGAUGUCGGCUUUGUGCGGGCCGUGCUCUCGCUGCCCGAGAAGCCCCGCACCACCGUGCGCUUCUUCGAACGCGGCGAUUACUACACGGUGCACGGCGUGGACUCGCAGCUGGCCGCCCAAGUGGUCUUCCGCACGCGCUCCGUCAUCCGCCAGCUGGCGGGGGCACCGGGAACUGAGAAGCUUGAGAGCGUUGUGCUUAGUAAAACGAACUUUGAAUCUUUUGUGAGACAUCUGCUUCUGGUUCGUCAUUACAGAGUUGAAGUUUACAAGAACAAAGCAGGGAGUAAAUGUGCCAAAGAAAAUGAAUGGUAUUUAGCAUACAAGGGUUCUCCAGGAAAUCUUGCCCAGUUUGAGGAAGUUCUCUUUGCCAGCAAUGAUAUGUCAACAGCCAUUGGGGUGGUGGGGGUUAAGCUGUCUACUGCUGAUGGAGAAAGAGUUGUAGGAGUGGGGUAUGUCGACACUACGCUGAGAAAAUUGAGUGUCUGUGAGUUUCCGGAUAAUGAUCAGUUCUCAAACCUUGAAGCUCUACUGAUUCAGCUAGGACCGAAGGAGUGUGUGCUACCAGGAGGAGAGACUGCAGGAGAGAUGAGAAAACUACGACAAGUCGUUCAGAGGGGAGGAAUCCUGGCUACAGACAGGAAGAAGGCGGAUUUCACAACGAAAGAUAUUGUUCAGGAUCUCAAUCGCUUGUUAAAAUCAAAAAAAGAAGAACAAAUUAAUAGUGCGGCAUUGCCGGAGAUGGAAAAGCGGGUUGCUGUUUCAUCUUUGUCAGCCAUCAUCAAAUUUUUAGAGUUGCUGUCAGAUGAGUCUAAUUUUGGACAAUUUGAACUGACUACUUUUGAUCUUAGUCAAUAUAUGGUUCUAGAUAACGCAGCUGUUCAAGCCCUCAAUCUUUUUCAGAGUUCUGUGGAAAAUGCUAACACUGCACAGUCUCUAGCUGCUCUGCUAAAUAAAUGCAGAACCCCUCAAGGACAAAGACUAGUUAAUCAGUGGAUCAAACAACCACUUAUGGACAAGAAUAGAAUUGAAGAAAGGUUGAAUUUGGUUGAAGCUUUUGUGGUGGAUCCAGAACUACGUCAGUGCCUUCAAGAAGAUCUCCUACGUCGCUUCCCAGAUCUUAACCGUCUGGCAAAGAAAUUUCAGAGACAAGUAGCAAACUUACAGGACUGUUACCGGAUGUACCAGGCUAUUAAUCAACUGCCUAAUGCUGUACAGGCACUAGAAAAAUAUGAUGGAGCUCACCAGAUGUUGUUGUUGGCAGUGUUUAUAACACCUCUUAAUGAUAUCUACUAUGACUUCUCAAAGUUUGUGGAGAUGAUAGAAACAACAUUGGACAUGGAUAAGGUGGAGAAUCACGAAUUUCUUGUCAAGGCUUCUUUUGAUCCUAAUUUGGCAGAAUUGAGAGAAAAGAUGAACAAACUGGAAGAAAAAAUGCUGUCCUUGCUAAACAGUGCAGCCAACGAACUAGGUCUGGAAGCUGGCAAAAGUAUCAAACUGGAGACAAACUCACAGUUUGGACAUCACUUUCGAAUAACUUGCAAGGAGGAAAAAGUUCUCCGUAACAAUUCAGAAUAUGGAAUAGUUGAUACACAGAAGAAUGGUGUGAAAUUCACGAACAGCCAACUGAGUUCUGUCAAUGACGAAUAUAUAAGGACCAGAGAAGAGUAUGAAGAGGCUCAGGAUGCAAUUGUCAAGGAAAUCGUUAACAUUGCUUCAGGUUAUGCAGAACCAAUACAGACAAUGAAUGAUGUGAUAGCUCAAUUAGAUGCAGUUGUCAGUUUUGCUCAUGUGUCAAACGGAGCACCAGUGCCGUAUGUCCGUCCUGUCAUCCUGGAAAAGGGACAAGGAAGGAUUGUGCUGAAAGGUGCCAGGCAUCCUUGCAUCGAAGUACAAGAUGAGGUGGUCUUCAUCCCCAAUGACAUUAUUUUUGAGAAGGGCAAGCAGAUGUUCCACAUUGUUACUGGCCCUAACAUGGGAGGAAAAUCAACCUAUAUCCGACAGACAGGGGUGAUUGUUCUUAUGGCCCAAAUUGGGUGUUUUGUACCAUGUGAAUCUGCAGAAGUAACCAUUGUGGAUUGUAUCCUGGCUCGGGUGGGAGCUGGAGACAGUCAGCUGAAAGGUGUGUCUACUUUCAUGUCUGAAAUGGUAGAAACUGCUGCAAUCCUUAGGACUGCAUCUGAAAACUCUCUGAUAAUCAUUGAUGAGCUGGGAAGAGGAACUUCUACCUUCGAUGGCUUUGGCUUAGCAUGGGCUAUUUCAGAAUACAUUGCUACCAAAAUCUGUGCUUUCUGUAUGUUUGCUACACAUUUUCAUGAACUGACAACCCUUGCUGGCCAAGUGUCAACAGUAGAUAACCUACAUGUUACUGCUCUGACCAGUGAUGGCACACUGACGAUGCUUUAUCGUGUCAAGGAAGGUGUUUGUGACCAGAGUUUUGGAAUACAUGUAGCGGAGUUGGCUGCUUUCCCAGAACAUGUGAUAGAAAGUGCAAGAGAGAAAGCAUUGGAGCUGGAGGAGUUUCAAAACAUGGGCAAGUCCAAGGAAUCCAAAGGAGAGCCACCAGCCAAGAAAUGCUACAGUGAAAGACAGGAAGGUGAAAGGAUAAUUCAGGAUUUUCUUUGUCAAGUGAAAGCAUUGCCCCUGACAGAUAUGUCAGAAGAUGACAUCAAAAUCAAGCUGAAACAGCUGAGAAAUGAUCUGUUGGCAAAGAACAACAGUUUUGUGAAUGAUAUAAUUUUCCAAACGGAAGUUACAUCAUGAAAGGUGUGAGAAUAGGAUACAGCACUUGAAGUGUGUUUCACAGUGCAAGAACUACCAUUUUCUUGUCUUGUAGCUUUUAUACUUUAUGAUACUUAUACUGAUUUAUGUAAGCUUUUUUCUUUGCAUUGUAAUGAUUUUGUAAAAGAUUCUGAGCUCAUUUCAUGCCAGAUUCCCACUUUUUUUGUGAUCAUUGUGUCCUUUUAGAAGUUUUCAAUAAAAUACUUUUUCAGUAGUAAAAGGAUUAUUGGCUGUAUAGACAAAAUGCGUAAUGUUGUACCAGAAGUGUGCUAGAAAGUACAGUAUACAACUACCACAGCCUUGAAAAGCAACAGCGUGUACACAAAAUUGUUGUCCUAUACCAUGAUUCUUUUUUAUAUGAUGCAGCUACAUUAAUUUAUUCAGUGAAGUUUUAGGAACACUAUGUUAGUGCUCUGUUAGAAAAAGCAUCUAAUCUAAGUGAUUUUUCAUAAAAUUUUUGCUUGUGUACCUGGAUGGACGGGGGUGGGUGGGAUUCAUUUUGCUGUUGUUUGGUUUUGUUUGCUGUGUUGGAUGGUAAUGCUUGGUCAAAUAUAUUACAGGCCUGUUCUUCAUGCCUGAGUGGUGUUUACUCUUGCAUUUUUUGGUGGUUUCGUAAUGUAAGCAGAGGCUGGGUGAAGUUAGAGUUUAACUGGAACUUCUGAGUUCAUGGUGGUCAUGAUUUGUGAGGUCUGUCUACAAAGCAAGAAUACAUUGAUUUUUUUUUUUCUAAUAUACUUCUUGCACUGAGACAUUUUGAAAUCAUGCAGACAGAGGUUUAUGUUCUCCUUGAAACUUAGCAUUUUAAAUUGUAGCUCUACAACACUUCACCUAUAUUUAAAACUGUCAGUGUUUAAAGAUUAAUGGGAAAAGGUGUUUAUUGCAUGGGAUUAUAGGAAUAAAAUAACACUGAAGAUGCCAUGCAAACUCUUGCUGUGUUCAGAGAUUGCAUCAGUGAGUGUGUGCUGGGGACAGCAGUGCUGCUGUUAAAGUGACACUGUAGCUCUGCAUCAGGGAUUAAUGUGUUGCAGUCUGCAUUUAAGUGUUCCAACAAUAGUCAUAAAAGAGGAUAUUCAGCUUGCUGUUGGAUAACGUUUGUUUGCAGCUAGAUUAGAACUUAGAUAUACUAGAUAUACUUCCCAACAGAAGAAAAUAAAGGCUUGUUUGAGAGGUU